AUGGCGACCUCUGUUGCACUCGGCGGUACUCUCACGGCGCACGAGCGCACUAUUCUGACGGCGGUGAACGCCGGAGCGUCGAGUCUGUCGUUGGCCGGUUCCAGCUUUAUUGUACUCUGCUACCUCCUCUUCAAGGAGCUUCGCAAGUUCUCCUUCAAGCUCGUUUUCUAUCUCGCCCUCUCUGAUAUGCUUUGCAGUUUCUUCAGCAUAAUAGGGGACCCGUCCAAAGGUUUCUUUUGUUAUGCUCAGGGCUAUAGCACACAUUUCUUUUGUGUGGCAUCUUUUCUCUGGACUACAACAAUUGCUUUUACCCUGCACCGCACUGUGGUAAAACACAAAACUGAUGUUGAAGAUUUAGAGGCCAUGUUUCACUUGUAUGUCUGGGGUACUUCCCUGGUUAUGACUGUUAUGCGCUCCUUUGGUAAUGACCAUAGACAUUUUGGUGCAUGGUGUUGGACUCAAACAGGUCUCACAGGGAAGGCAAGUAAUAAUAGGAGACUAGGAGCGGUUCAUUUUGUAACAUUUUACAUGCCACUCUGGGGUGCAAUUCUGUAUAAUGGGUUUACAUACUUUCAAGUAAUACGCAUGCUGAAUAAUGCAACCCGUAUGGCCGUUGGUAUGUCAAGCCAAACUUUUGUGUCAGAUACAAGAGAUAACAUGAGGGCUCUGAAUCGCUGGGGAUACUAUCCACUAAUUCUGAUCGGAUCAUGGGCUUUUGGAACUAUUAACCGUAUUCAUGAUUUUUUUGAACCCCACCAUAAGAUCUUUUGGCUCACAUUUCUUGAUGUUGGGACGGCUGCUCUUAUGGGCCUCUUUAACUCAAUUGCUUAUGGUCUCAAUUCUUCUGUUCGCCGGGCAAUUUGUGAAAGACUGGACAAGUUCUGGCCUGAGAGAUUAGCCAGAUGGCUCCCUAACAAUUUGAAGUACAAGAAUCUACAGCAAGAAAAUGAACUAGUUUUGUUCAAAACCGAAGAUCAAUAG